UGUAACAUCAUUUCAGUGAGAGUUCUGUAAGGUCACAUAACUUCACGUCUCCGAAUGCUUCAUUUUUGCGGAAUCAAGCAACAAGAGCAAGCCGGAGCCAUAGUGACUCUGCCAGGCGACCGAAGACGAAUCAAUAUCACGGCCGCGCACCCCCGUUUCCGUUUGAACGUCUGCCGACUGGGUCAACACUUUGGCGACAUUCACUCACUCCAGUGCGUGAGCUGUGCUGAUGGACCAUGUCUGCCGUCGGUGUGGGCGCGCUGCGGGUGCUUGUGCUCUUCAUAGGCGCUACUAGUGGAUGCCAUGGCUCGACUGAGCUCGCUCCGUACCGCAACCAAGAGCUGACCCUCGGACGCUGCAGGCUGGUGAUUGAGGGGACAUGCCCCGACCCAGAUGUUCGGUUCUAUCUGUACACCAGGUCUCAUCUGACUGAGGCGCAGCCCAUCGGACUGUCAGACGUGGCGCUAUCCGGCUUCAACUCCUCCCACCCAACCAAAUUCAUCAUCCACGGGUACAACUCUGGUAUGGACCUCGACGUUCUUGUGGACAUACGCAGAGCGUAUUUGGACAAAGGGGAGCACAACAUAAUUGCGGUGGACUGGUCGCGGCUGAGCCCAGGUCCCUGCUACCCCAGCGCCGUGUACAACACUAGGUUCGCAGGCAAAUGCAUCGCUCAGUUGGUGGACACUCUCCGACUGGACGGAACGUCCAACAUCCAUCUGGUGGGCUUCAGCCUCGGAGCUCAUGUGGCAGGCUUCGCGGCGAAUGCUCUGCGGCCUUACAAACUGCCCCGAAUCACAGGGUUAGACCCAGCCAUGCCUUUCUUCGUGACCGUCAACAGGGAUCAGAAACUAGACGCCAGCGACGCUGCUUUCGUGGACAUCAUCCACACGAACGCCUUAGUCCAAGGAAAGAUAGAGGCUAGUGGCGACGUGGACUUCUAUGUGAACGGAGGGAUCAACCAGCCAGGCUGCUGGAGCGAAUCCAAUCCGAUUGGGUGCAAUCAUCACCGAGCUCCGGCAUAUUUUGCGGAAUCCAUCACAUCCCACGCUGGCUUCUGGGGCUGGCAAUGUCCCGGGUUCUUCCGUUUUCUUCUGGGUCUCUGUCCACCAAGGUACCCAGCUGUCAUAAUGGGCGAGAGCGCUCCGAUCAACUCCCGCGGGUUUUACUUGGUGACUACAGCCGCGAAGAAGCCGUUCGCUCUAGGCAGGUGGGUCCUGUCGCCAGAAGACGAUCCGCGGUGCGAAGAAAGACAUAGGUUUCUUGGUGGAAACGCCGUAGACAUAGAAGAAUAACCGGAACUCACUCCGUUACCAUGGAAACGUGAAAAAUAACACUGAUUUGUGUUCCGUUUGUGGCCUCGUUGUUGUUAGUGUUUAUGAGGGGGGACACGAAGUUCUUUCAAGGUAAGCCGUCCGGAAAGGACGUCCGGAUUUGUGCAGAGUUCGACGGAAUCGUACGAAUUCUCAUUCAGGAACUGAGCUGAGCUCCUUUUGCACGGGAUCCACUGCUUCAAGAUUCAUGGACUUGAUAGUGCGACUCUCGGCCGGAUCACUGACGCUCCUAGUGGUUCCCCUCUGUGCCUUCUGGCAAAUGCCACGCUCAUACCUCAAUUUAGGCCACGGACUUUAUUAAUUAAGGGUUCUGUUUUCCAAUUACAUAUAGUCUCAGACGCGGGAAGCAAUGUUAAAUAUACCUUAAGUAAGUAAAUAAGUAAAGAAAUAAAGUUCACUAGUGCCGUUCGCUUGACCUGUUGGCCAGAGUUCGUUGCUGGAGAACAACAUUUAACAAAUCCAGGGGCACUUGCUGACGCGGAGACAUCCUUGGCCAGUCUUGCUGUAGCAUAGACGCACUCAGUCACCUGACAUUCAGAAAUGCUUGCGACAGCGAACACCUGGCACGGAUGUCUCAUGCAGCUGCAGCUCAGGGUGUUACGUCCUCAUUGGGUAUUGGGGCUCUCUUUAAGACCUCAAGAUGAAGUGUUUUUCUCCACAUAACAGACAACACGGUGUCAGUACUCAAAGUAUCGCAAUACAAGUGGUGCGCCUCUGAAGAUGAUUCUUUUGAAUCGAAACAUGUAAGGCGAAUAAAGACUGAAGUGUUGUAAACCCGUAUGUCAUACUGGACUGGAAGUUAUCUGCUUUGUACAAGCACUCAGUCUAUGCUCAUCCCUUAACAUAAGAAAUCAAGUUUCAUAUCCGUACAAAACAACAGCUUCUGUCAGUCGUUUCGAUUUAAGGUAGAAGAUGGGAAGACACGAAGAUGCCGCACUGAAUGGUGCGGGCGAUCCUGUAUUUUAAUCUGCUCGAAAACUUAGUGAAUUCAAUUUCUGAUACUGUCAUGUGUCAGAGUGACUAAGAUUAGCAAUUGGAUUUAUUAACAACUUACACGUCGUAACU